AUGCCUUCUAGCCUACCGUCCACGAGGCGGCAGACGGGAGCAUCGGAGGGCAGGCCGGAGCCAGGGCGAGGAACAGUGAAGAAGAGAGGCAUUGACUGGCCUGCAUGGCAGCUUCAGGCUCCGCAGUUCCUGGGUCAGCGAGGCUCCGCCCUGCUUGCGUGCUACGGAACGGCAGAAUCCGUGGCAACUCGCGCAGACCCCGAGCUCAAGUGGUUCCAGCCACAGCGCCGUGUUGGCUUCUCAGCCAACGUGGGCUUCAGAUGCCAGGCCGUCGGUUCGGUCGCACUAGAGGCAAGCAUGCUUCUGGACAAGGGGUCUUCCGGCGGUGCAACAAUGAAAUACAGCUGCUGCCGCUUCGGUGAUCUAGGAGGCAGCCAGCCAUUGCCCUUCAUAUUCCCCACAUCAGACGAAGUUCCACGAGAAGGUUGGGAGUACACGAAAUCAGCUGCGCUUGUCGCUCCAGUCAUCAAUGCCGUGAUGUACGUGAUCGUUGUAACAUUCUUGAUUACACAUCCACCUCCAGAUGCACCAGCAGUGGACUUUGGUAGUCUGAGCUCUAUUGUCACCGCUUUCCAAAAUCCCGACGGUGUCUUUGCCGGUUGGUUGCACUACUGCGUCUUUGAUCCCUUGGUGGGGCUCGGCGAGGUGCUCGACAGCCAAGAGAACAAAGUGCCACACGCCUUGGUCGCAACAUGCCUGCAGCGCCUAGCAGCCCAGGUACCCUGCCUCAUCCUGACUCUGCUGUUUGGGCCGAUGGGUUUCCUGCUCUAUUUGGCCGUCCGAACUGUCACUCUGGCUUCGCGCCCUGCAGCCAGCGAAGCAUGA